GGCACGUGCGGGUAUGGAACAUUGCAUGUGCUGAUUGAACAAUACACUACACAUGCUGGGUCGGUGCUGGACAAAGCAAGUUAUUCUAAAAUGAAGCUAGUUAUCCUCGCUGUUGUAUCACUCUGUUUCUCAGAUUUCACUGCAGCAGAGUGCGCAAAAGAUAUGCUGGAGUCGUUAUCUGAAGCCAAGGCUGAGUGCGAUGCAAGAUAUAGACAGGAACACGGUCUCGGCACUAGAAAACCCUCAGAUUUGUUUCACAUCACAAGAUGCUGUAUGCUGAUUUACGGCAAGGCUUGCAUUCCCUUACGGCUCUCAGAAAAAGGAUGCGAUCAGUGGAAUAUUGCGCCUUUAAAAAAGAUGUGGGGCAAGCUAAUAGAGGCUGCAUGUGAACCAUCAGACUGGAACUGCCUUCUUGAAGCAAAGUGCGACGCCCCAGCAAUAUCCGACGCGAACACUGAUUGCUACAAAACAUAUAACCAGGAACACGGCGUCGAUACUCGAAAGCCUAGUGACCCACUUGAACCAAGUGGGGAUGUGGAACUACUCUGCUGUAUGUUAAAAUACAACAAGUAUUGCGUUCCGAAACUCCUAGAAGAAAAAGGGUGCCACCCCGACGCUGUUCUACAUUCUGGUACGGCGAUAGAGACGAGAAUGAAAACAACUUGUUCAUCGUCCAAACCGAAGUGCGUCCCUCCACCACAGUGCAAUGAUAAAACCUUAUCAGACGCCAGGCUCAUUUGCGAGCAAAGAUAUAAGGAAGCACACGAACCAACAGGUCCGAAACGUCGUGUAGAUCUACAACCUAGAGAUCAGAGUCGGGAAGAGAUGCACAAAGAACAUUGCUGUGUAAUGGAAUACAGCAGGGAUUGCGUUCUGGGAUAUCUAAAAGAACACGGAUGCAGUGAUCCAGAUUUUCUUGAGAUUUUUCUCGAGAAUAUACGGACCGAAUGUGGAGCAUCCAAGUGGAACUGUACAGGUAAGCGAUAUUAUGGAAAGCGACGUACUGUAACAACCAGACAGGACCUAGCGAAGAGACCACAGUAUUUUUUCUUCUCUGCGCGACGUAACACGUUUGAGACGGAGCACAACCAGAGCACACGCGACUCAAAGCAGCCUAAGUUUCAUUUUCACGAAGCAACUCACACGAUAUAAACGUGACUGGUAAGCAAAAGAGUAGGAAAAGGGACGAAAAGUGCCAACCAACGUGAGACAGAAAGGAAUCAUGUCAAGCCAAAGUACAGAAGGCGGAUUAGUCGAGUGUGCUCUCUCCCACGUUGUUGCCCCAUUGCGACCAGUGAUUUCCGUCGUGACGGCAUCCGCCAAUCAAGGAAAGGAAAUAUCACAUUAUGAGGUGUCCAACAUGAGGACCCAACCAUUUGGUAAGAAGAGUCACACGUGCCUGUGAUUGGUUCCGAUAUACACUAUAACCUUACCAACGAACUGCUAAAACUGCCUAUUAGCUUCAAAAUUCGUUUCGUUUUACGAAUUUGCCAACCAUCAAAAACUACAUAGUAACUGCCAUUCUGAUGCCUCGAAGUAAAUUUUAUUGGCAGCAUUUUGUAACCCAACCUUGACACCAUGAGGUAUCACACUUAGUGAUAACACUGGAAAAAAUGUGGUCUCGUUUCCGAUCGCGAUUACAGCUACCCUUGGGGCAUGAGCAAAUCUUAAUUGAACAAAAUUGUUAGCUUAACGCAAGGAUUCUGAUCACUCAACAUUCGCCCAGUGUCUCAAGGGUGACUGUUACCGCGCUGGGAACUGGGAACGAAUUUUCUCCUGUGUUACUAUUAAGGUUGAGUGGAGCUUUACAUGAGUCGCGCCAGACGCAACUACAGAAGGCUGUCAUGCGCCUCGUUGAGAAACACAGGUGUCGCUCGCCAUUUUAUUCACUUCCUGUUAAGGUCACUUAGAGCCAAAGUGUCCGCAUGCCCGUACUACGUAUGCUUACGGUAUAUUCGCACGAUUCCUGGCUUUUUAUACGUCAUACUUGGAUCACAAAAUUCGGCAUGGAACCACGAACACGCAACGCGAAAAGUGUAAUUAAGAUGUUUAAGGUGUAUAGGUAGGCAUGUCGCUUCCGCCGCGAAUAUGAUGAUUUGCAGCCAAUCCACUUACCGCUCUUCUCGUGACAUAAACGCAACGGUUCCAAAUGCUGUCGGGUCUAGAAAACGAAUACGAUACAUCCAGUUUGUUCGAAAUGUAGUAGAGGGCGAUGCAGUGAACUUGCUUCUUUUGCGAAGUAUAAAGGGGAAAACGAACCUUACUCAAUUAAAGCAUUUCGUUCCCAGCGCUGUAUCGGGUUUGCGCAACGAAUCAAUAGGCAAAAAUACUAUUUUUUACGCAAAUGCAAAGCACUGCCUUCUAUUUCGAAGCGUAUACGAAUGCAUCUCGAUAUAAUAUUUCGCUUUAUUGCACCAGAGUGCAAAAGAGAAGAUAUGGUUGAGAGAUUUUCUGAGGCUGACGCUGAGUGCGAUGCAAGGUACAGACAGGAACACGGUCUCACUGCCGGAA